UCCCAGCAGUCUUUGCGGCUGCGCACACGUGGUGGAACGGCGGACGGAGGCAUCAUGGCUGUGUUUAUGGACCUGAACGUGUCGUUUCUCCCGGACAGGAGCGACCUGCGCAGCGUCGUGGAGACGGCGGCUCACCUCGGGUUCUCCACCAUCGCCCUCAACUACGUAUUUGAGCCCACAGCCAAGAAGAAACAGGAGAUCCCCACCCCGACUCCGAUCAACGAACUGAUCGAUCAGCUGCCCGUGGUGCAGGGUCGAUCUCGUCCAAUCAGAGUGCUGAACAGGCUGACGGUGGUGAUGUCAGACGCGAGUCACUUUAGGCCGAACGCUCCGGAGUACCGUCGCUUCGACCUGCUCGCUGUCCAGCCAACCUCAGAGAAACUUUUCCACGCAGCCUGCAUGGUUUAUGACAUCGACAUCAUCUGUGUGCCGAUGACGGAGAAACUUCCUUUCUUCUUCAAGAGAGCGCCAAUCAACGGGGCCAUAGACAGAGGUGUGGUGUUCGAGGUGUCGUACUCUGCAGCCAUCAGAGACUCCACCAUGAGGCGCUACACCAUCGCCAACGCCGUCAGUCUGAUGGAGAGCUGCAAGGGAAAGAGUGUGAUUCUGUCCAGUGCAGCUCAGAAGGCUCUCGAGCUCAGAGGACCGUAUGAUGUCACCAACCUAGCUCUGCUGUUCGGUUUGUCAGACGGAGACGCCAAAGAAGCCGUCUCGUCCACCUGCAGAGCCGCUCUGCUGCAUGCAGAAACCAGGAGGACAGCCAGCGGAAUCAUCUACACCACGAGGAGCCAGCAGGAGGCGCCACAGAGCUCAGUAGACGGUGAAACUCCAGCAGCCAAGAGAGCCAAACCAACGUGACCGCGAGAACGACCGACAUCGGAGGAGGAGGGGACUGUCAGUUGUGUAGGGGGCGUGGCCGAUAGCGGUGGAGGGUGGGGCAUACGGUGGAGGAGGGCGGGCCAACUCCGGUUUCUUCUCCUGCCUUUUUUUUCAAAUUGUUGAUGUUUUUUUUGUUUCUGCUGACAGUUUAAAGCAAAUUCUGAGUUUAAUAAACAGUUUGAAGAAUUCA